GCAUUAGACACCUUGGUUCCCUCGCCGUCCGCCAGCAGGUGUUCAGAGCAGAGGCCGCAGCAGGAACGUGCAGUAUGGUGCCGCGCCUGCUGAAGACUGGCGUCCGGAUGUUGGGGAAAGCGCUGGGGUGCGGACGCCUGACGUGCUGUGCCUUCGUGGUGACGCUGGUGCUCACCGGACACUACAUCGCGGGGCGGUUCACCUUCAAUCACUCCCUCAGCUUUGCGCCUCCUGAUUGGCUGACGCGCGACCCCGACGCCUGCCGACCCAGCGCCAACAUCGCCUUCCUCAAGACUCACAAAUGCGCCUCGUCCGCCGUCCAGAACAUCCUCUUCCGCUAUGGAUACGCCCACGGGUUGCAGUUCGCCCUCCCUGACCACGGCAACUACUUCGGCGGGGCGGUGUCCUUCAAGGCGGACAUGCUGCGCCUCACGCCCUGGUACAAACUCGGGGUCAACAUCUUCGCCAUACACACCAAGUGGGACUACGAGCAGGUUAAAAGCGUGAUGCCCAAUGACACUGUAUACAUCUCCAUUGUCAGAGAACCCACUGAGCUGUUCGAAUCGCUGUAUACCUACGUUAAGUUCGAAAACUUUUACAAGAAAACAUUAGAGGAAUUCGUAGCGUCGGAAGAUGCAGACGGCGAGAGAUACCAAAAAUACCUGUGGUACAAUCAGAUGGCCUGGGAUUUCGGUCUGCCAGCGGAAGCCAUGACGGACCUCGACGCAGUGCAACAGCUGGUGGACGCGGCAGACAAGCAGUUCGGGUUGGUGAUGGUGGCAGAGAGGAUGGACGAGUCGCUGGUGUUGCUCAGCCACUUCCUCUGCUGGGACCUGAGUGACGUCGUCGUGCUCAAAGUCAACGCAAGAAGCUCCAAGUUCAGGACAAACCUGAGCGCCGAGACAGCAAGCAACGCUCAGAAGGAGCAAACUGGCGCCGGAACUAUCUUAUUAAACGAGCAUUUCACCAGGAAGUUCGACCGGCUGGCUAGGAGCUCUUCGGCAGAGAGAGGAUGGAGAGGGAGUUACUGUCACUCCAACCCAAGCUUAGAACCUCUAUACCGCUCCAAGUCUUGCACCUGA